AUGCAGUUUUCCAACUUCAUCACGGUCCUCGCUAUGGCCAUGACGGCCACUGCUCUCCCGGCUCCCGCCGAGGAAAUCAACAACUCCGAGCUCGUCGCCCGCAGCGGUGGCAAUGGCAAUAUCUACCAGGGCAAUUGCUCCAACAAUGCUAAGCAGACUUGUUGCAUAAAGGCUAGCAACGCCGCCGGCCUGCUGACUAUCCUGGGUGGCCUGGUGAACGUUAAAACGGACGACCUGCUCUGCUCCGUUAACGUCCUCGGCGGUCCUUGCAAUGCCGAGUCGUACUGCUGCACGACAAACGCCAGCGGGAAUGGUUUGGUCGUCAUCAAUGCGCUCAACUGCGUCAAGAUCUAA